GGAGAUGUACAGCUUGAUAUAUUGAAACUGCUUCCAGAAUAUUUGCACAAUCUUUUGAAUUCAAUGGAUACAGUUGCAUGCAAUUUUCGGGGCAGGAUUCGCGAGUACAAUUCUGCAUUUGCGUUUACUUCAGUAAAGUACCAACCAGAUAAUCGACCAGAGGUACAAGGAGCUGGAAUCCGAUGCUUUCAGAUACAUGGGGAGUUGUAUCAUCUUCAAGGUCCACUCCAGCCGCAACCGAAUAAUACACCUGCCUUUGCACAACUCUACUUUUACGAUCCCACAUAUGCAGCUCAUGCAAGAUAUACAGCACAUCCAAGGUUGGAUAGCGAUGUACUUCAUCGGUUGACAACAAUGUUGCAGAAUGUAAAUCCCUAUAUAGCGAUUUAUAAAACUGCAAGGGAACGUUUGGAAGCUGUUUCGCAAAGUGAGAGUGAUGUAAGAGUGGUUUUAAAUCCACAAUUACGUUUGAUUAUGGAAACUGGUGCAGACCGCUGAAGGGAAAAUUUGCCAACAAGUGAUGAGAUUGCAGUUCUCAUUCUUGAUGAGUAUGGAGAGGCAGGAUUUCGGGAUAUUGUAUUAGCGAAGCGCACCGCCAAUAUCGAGACUGGGUUUAGCAUUAUCAAUCCAAACCAUGCGAGUUACAUGCCUUUGCACUAUGUUUUACUUUUUCCACUGGGUGAUCUGGGAUGGCACUGGGGAUUAGAGUUAUUAGAU